CCGGCUUCGGUCUGGAGUUUCUUGUUACGUGUUCGGUGAUGCUGCAGGGCCUGAGUUGUCGUGUCGUGUCGUGUUUAUUCUCUUGUUGGGAGUUGUAUUCUCCUGGUGGGAGCUUGUGAGUAGCGUUCGAUUAGGCUGCCUUGUGGGUUGUCCUCUCAAGGAUUUGAUUUCAGCUGUGCUGCUUAUUCCGGCUGUUACCGGUUGGUGUCCGAUUGGAAUUAUGUGUUUCUAUUUAAAAAAAUAUGGCCGACUACACACACAAUAGAACUACCAACUGGUCCCCGGUGGAAAGCAAAGGGCCAAAGGCUUUAGCUUUGAAGCACACUAAUGGUGGAAGCAAGCGAGAUGGUGUCUGUAGAACACUCGCUCGAGACGGUGCUGAGGGUCGCACAGAGGCUGCCGCCUGUGAAGGUUCUCCUCCAUGCGGCGUUGGGCAGAAUAUUGGCUCAAGAUGUCGCUGCACCCGACCCGCACCCGCCAUACCUUCAUCUAUCAAGGAAUUGGGAGAUUAAAGAUUCCAAUCGUGCCAUGAUUCUUGCUGCUGCUCAGCAACCACAAUGUGAAAUUCUCGAUCUUGGCAUAGCCCGUGAUAAUGAAGAAGAGCUUGAGAGGAUUUUUGGAAAUAGCAUUUUCUAUGGUCCGCGGGCAGUAUCUGUUGUGAAUUCAUCAUCUGAAAAACUGGGUGGUGCCAAGGUUGUUGCUAGUGCUGUUGUACCAGAUGAAAUCCCAAAAAUCAAGGAAUUGUUGGAAAAAUGGAGCGAUUUUGAUAAAAUGGAUCUCAUUCUUACUCUUGAGGCUUUGAGGCGGUAUAUCCUUGUGAUUGAAUGUGAAUUGAGGAAUCAUAUGAUCAGUGAGGAUUCGAUGGAAAUGGAGUCCUCAUUCCCGAAAGGUCACUUUGCUGAUGCUAGAACAAUCGCCAACUUGAUAUUAAGUCCAUGUGAAAGAGAAUCAUGGAUGGAUACACCGAAGAUUUUGCCACAAAUUUUAAUGAUGAUGAUUGGUCCGCGGGCAGUAUCUGUUGUGAAUUCAUCAUCUGAAAAACUUGGUGGUGCCAAGGGUGUUGCUAGUGCUGUUGUUGUACCAGAUGAAAUCCCAAAAAUCAAGGAAUUGUUGGAAAAUGGAGCGAUUUUGAUAAAAUGGAUCUCAUUCUUACUCUUGGUGCGUGGUACUGGAUUCACUCCGAGAGACGUAACCCCAGAAGCUACGAAACAAGUAAUACACAAGGAGACUCCUGGUCUACUUUAUGUUAUGAUGCAAGAAAGUUUGAAGGCUUCUGUGUGCCCUCUUGGGCCUUUUUCACAAGACCUCGUCAUGAUUGAUGACAAAAAAAGAUAUUACACGAUGAAUUUGUCAAGGCAUGGUGGAGCCAGAUGGCCCAACGCUGUCCUAACUCUAAACAAGGAAUGGAAAGAUUUUGUGAAAUCCCAUAAUCUGAAAGAAGUUGAUCAUGUUACAUUUUACAGGGCAUCCAGCCAUUUUAAUCAUUUUGUACUCGAGCUCUUCAAGGAGCCCAAAAAGAACAAAUCUUGUCAGAGCCAUAUUUCUAUUUGCGAAGUUUUCAAAGAGGGGAAAAAAAAGGAAAAGCUAAGGUUUGUUGGGAUAGAGGCUUUUGAACCGAACGUAGAGAACAUGAAAAUGGAUUUCCAGUCGGCUGCACAUGCUAUUAAGUCGAUUAUACCGAAGAUUCACCGUCUGCCCCUUGUUGAAGAUCUGGUUAUUCGAUUGGAAAGUGAUAACUGGAGAAAGACUUAUCCCUUGGGUGGCUAUCGGGUGUUUCGCGAUGGGAGUUUCAAUAAUCUUCUUCUGCAUAGGAUUACCAAUAAUUAUAAGUUUGUUUAGAAACUACGCACAUUAUCAUGAAGUUGAAAGUUAAUUUGUAGAUAUUAUAUUGAUUAAUUUGUAGAUAUUAUAUGAAAUCAACAGUGCUGUCACUAUCAUGAAGUUGGAAGUUAAUUUGUUGAUAUUAUAUGAAAUCAACAGUGUUGUAUAUUAUUUUUAGAUGCUUGUGGAUUUUGUUACUCCGACUAUAUAAUGCACUAAUUGGGCCACAUGAAUUGUUG